CCAUGAGUUUUUAGCUAGGUGUACCUAAUAAACUGAGUAUGCAUCUGUAUAUUAUGCAUUUAUUUAUUAAAUAAAGUUCUGCUUGCUGUGGUUCCAUUCCAUCUACAUGUGUGUCAGAAUGAUGAUAUAAUGAUGGAAUAGAAUGUGAUGGAAUAGGAGAUAAGUUCAGACUGAAACUUCAUCAUUUCUGUCAUUAACUUGAAGACAGCAUUGAACCCUUUUGUCUAGUAAUAGUUAUCAUACACUGAAAUUCAAUCCAAAAUAUCACUGACAUGAAGAGACCUCUGGACGUCUGGUGUGAGAAAUUAACAGCAGAUUUCAUCUUGCACCAUGACUGAUAACCAGGACUUUCAGGUCGUUGUAGGAGUCCUGAUCUCCUCUGCCUCCUCAGUCUACGAGGUCCAGGAUCUCCUGGGGUGUGGCACCUAUGGAGAGGUCACCCAGUGCAGGAAGUUAGCCACCAAUGAAACGGUGGCUGUAAAAAUCCUUAAAAGCAAGAGAUGCAUUGAGGAAGCAAAGGAAGAGGAGGUAAUCCUUAAAAAGAUGAAAGAGCUUGACUCAGACAAGUUUAACAUCAUCAGAUGGAACAAUUCCUUCACCUACGAGGGACAUUUUUGUCUUGAGUUCGAAAAGCUGGACAUAACUCUCUAUGAAUUCAUGCAGAUGAGCCAUUUUCAGCCUCUUGAGUUGAUAGAGAUCCGCCCCAUUGUGCAACAGUUGGCUACAGCUCUGGAGUUUCUAAAGAGCGUAGGGAUCGUUCAUGCAGAUUUAAAGCCUGAAAACAUUAUGAUGGUGGACCAUUUACAGCAGCCAUUAAGAGUGAAAGUCAUUGACUUUGGCUUAGCCUGUGACAAUCCCGAGGCACGGACUGGUGUGAUUCUUCAGACCCAAUGGUACAGAUCUCCAGAGGUCCUGCUUGGAGCUUCUUUCAAUGAGGCUAUCGACGUAUGGUCUCUGGGCUGCAUUGCCGCUGAAAUGUUGAUGGGCACAGCACUGUUCCCUGGUAUGGAUGAAUAUGAUAUGAUGAGGCACAUCUUAUACACAAUUGGAAAACCACCAGACCAUCUGCUGAAUGCUGGACUGUAUACGGAACAAUUUUUCCGUGCAAACUACACAGGAUUGGAACCCCCCCAGUGGAGAUUUAUGUCAAAACUUGAAGCGAGAAAUUUUACCUGUAACCCACACGCAAUUAGCAGCCUGAGUGAUCUUAAGAAGAUUUUCUCAGCAUUUCUUUUUGUUCGGAUCCUGCACAAGGCGUCUUGUAAGCUGUCAGGAGAAGAUGCCAGCGCUGAUGAAUGUGACUGGGCGAGCUUUAUCAACUUGCUAACAAAGACACUGAAGAUGGAUGCUUCUGAAAGAAUUACACCAAGUCAAAUUCUUCAGCAUCCAUUUAUAACGAUGAGCCACCUUGUUGGAACAUUCAAGAACAGCUCCCAUGUGAAAUUGUGCGUGGAGCUGAUGAGUGUCUGUCAGGGUCUGAGCUCCGAUGAUGGCGAGGACGUGGCUCGGGCGACCCUGAAAACGAGCUUGAUCGAGGAGACCUCCAACAGCACUGCCAGUCCGGCCUGCCACAGUGUUCCUGAUGAGGGUCACCCUGCUAGGCUGAGCGGCAAGGAGCAACCGUUCCUCCAGAGCAGCAGCAUCAGCGGGGAAAACAGUCCAGCGAAGAAGAGAAAAAGGGAUGGUGUUGAUGAUUCAGAGUGUGGUAACAACCCAGACACCACACCAGCUAAGAAAAGGAGGGAUGAAUGCCUGGAUUCAGCGCUAACAGAGACAGGUGAGCAAGGGAGCCCACGAAAGUCACUGCUGCACAAAAGAAAGAGGGAUGAUGUUGAUCCAUGCAUACCCUCAGAGGGCCGAUAAAGACGCUUCAGGCUCAAAACAAGAACAAACCUCAGUAGACAAGAAGAGGAACAAUGUUUUGUUGUAUCAAAACAAUGUAUCCCUCCAGUCAGACUCAGAUACUGACAAAACUGAAGUGAUGAAAUUAAAGAUUGAUGAGCCAAGCUCUCAUCUUUAUUUUAUUUUUUUCCUUUAUUUAACAUUUUCUGAAACUGCUUGAUUUAACAAUAAAAAUAUUGAGAAAAUUGUUGAACAUAGAGCUGCAGUAGGCAAUAUUUUUUCAAUAUAAUUUUGGUUGAAAUAACUAAUUUUGACCAUUGCAUGUCACUAACAAUAUCAAAAUU